AUUGCCAAUGACGUUCAUUCUCAACGAUCAACGAACACGACAGACAGAGCUUUGGAGAACCGAACGGAUUGUUGGCUGAUGUUGUUGUUGUUGUUGUUGUGGUUGACAUAAUAUUUAUUUGCCAAGGACCCAAUAUACUAUAUAGAAUAAAACAAACCAAGCCAAGAUGAUGAAGCCAACGACCUCUAUUGAGCGUCCGUGGAGGACCCUUUUGACCUUGAUACUGAGUGUUGCCUCUUCUACAUUAGUCCAAGCCAGCAGCAGUCCACAAAAUGACAAUGACACGAAUGACUCCAUGUCGUCAUUGAUACACCGAUAUCACAAUGACACUUCCUCCAGUGGAUUUCCUUUGGAUAGCAAGGACCAAAACAAGGCGGCAACCGUUUUCUUGACAUUUUCGCUCCUCUUUGGGUUUGCUCUGUUUGGAUUGAAUUUGCGCCAAAAAUCAUUUCGACGAAUCGAAAAUUUGUCAGCCUACCGACGGGGGACGUAUGAAGGAGUUUCGCUCUUGGAAUUGCCUCCGGGGGAUUACAAUACCAGUGGAACCGCUACCGAUAUUAGUCCAGAAAAUGAUGAUGAUCAAGGAGAAGAAGAUGCCAACAAUUUACAGCCACAAGAACAGGAGGAACCAAAAAUCUAAGAUAUUGGAUGGAUUGAUGGUGACAAGAUUGGCAUCAGUGGAAAAGGGAAGAGAACAUGCUACCAUCGUCAGACACCACAGCAAUCCAAUUCACAACACAUAUAUUGCAGAAGAAAAGGCAUCCCUUGGAAAGGUGGUCCUCCACAAAACCAACAUUCCACUCAAAAAUGCCACCAGAUUGGCAAACGUCUAUUUGGUACUGUAUUGUGGUUCCAUCUUGCCAGGUUUGCUUUCUGACAUGCAUGCACUACUAUAGCUAGAAUAAACAAAACAAAAUUGCUAUCUAUAAUGCAUAUGAUUUAUGAAUUU